AUGGAUAAUACUAUGGAGGAUGACGAUGUUGACAUGCCAUAUGCGCCGCCUCUGCAAAAUGCGAAUACCUCUCGCUGUCCAAAUAACGAAGCUUCGCGGAAUGGUAUGCAACCGCCUGGUACCCGGUAUCCACCGCUCAUGAAUCCUUGGGCAGGCUACCAAGCAGGCUACAGUAUGAACUCUACCAUGUACGGCACUUCAAACUAUCCCUCAAGCCCGUAUGGUGAUGGAAGUCCAAGUUAUGCCAGUCCAAGUUAUGCCGCCCAUUGGUCUCAAAAUACGCGUGCUCAGGGAAUUCCAUAUCACGAUUUGACAGACUUUCAACAUCAUAAUUCAGAGCCACCUCUUAGCAGAUCCUACCCUACAUUACCUCCUAUGUCAGGCCCUCCCGAGUACAACUCUUGGACGGGACCUUGGCCUCAUAACUCUCGAGCUAUGCCAAUGUUCGCCAAUGAAAAUUCUAUGGCGGACAACAAUAAUACCUCUCAAAGAUUGGGGAACGAUGGCGUUGUAGGCGCUUCACAGGAACAAGUCCAACAACGAAGACGGGAGCGGGAACGAGAACGAGAGUUACGACAUCGACAUGUCCCCCAAAGUACUAAUUCGGAAGCCUUUGGGUCUGCGUCUCCACACGUUCCUAAUCCUACCGUUAGCUCUGAAUGGAAUCGAUCAAGUGCUAGAUCGGGACGUCGUUUGGCUGAUGCUCAACGUAGAGCAGUGUUGGGCCGUGCUAGUCGUCCCGGUAGAGAUUCGGAUACAGACGAAGAAGAAUGGGGAGAAAGUGACGAAGAUGAUGAUGUCAUGGGAGGUUUAGCAACUGCUCAAAUGCAAUUGUUAGGCAACGCCGCCUUUGCUUCUGCUUUACGCAGUCGUGGCGUUAGUUUGAGUCGUGCCCUUGAUCUGGGGGUUGAUGGCAAAGGAACGCCGUCCAAAAAGUUUUUGUCUUCACUCCAGAAAAUGAAUGUUGAUGCUCUGACGCAAGAAGAACGCAAUUGCUCGAUUUGCUACGAAGAAAUCGGCGUGGCGAAUCCCGAAGGCGUGAUUGAACAGCCGUUACGUAUGCCCAAGUGUAAACAUAUAUUUGGAGAUGUCUGUCUCAAGACAUGGUUUAAGGAAAACGACAGCUGUCCGUACUGCAGGGAUAAAGUUCCCACACAAUCCACAAGAAAGGUGAUUGAGCAGUUAGUACGGCAGCAAAUGCGAUAUCGCCAUAAUAUAACUGCUCGUUCCGCUGAAGCCGACCUUCUCAAUUCAGGCGCACUUGAUCCACAGGAAUAUCACACACCAGUCUGGUCAGCGACCGACACUGUGGAAAGCCGACGUCGCGCUGCCCGGGGAAGACUGGCCGGAUUUGGGACAGCACCAGCACCUCCAGGAAGGCGUCCCAGUUUGAUGAGUUACAACAGGCUCUACACUCCCACUUCACAAUUGCAAAAUGAAGUCAAUCCCUUUCAAGCACAUUCACGGCAUAAUUCAAACUCGGAAGGAGUCUCACCCGGAACAAUGGGCGCAUCGAUCACGAAUAAUGGUCACCGACAGCCCGCACCCCUCACAACUAACUCGUUGGGACACUCGGCAAAUUCGACGGGCUACAUGUUUCCAACAAACUUGUCCUCGGGAUCUUCUGCAGUGCCAAAUACUUUUAUGCCUCCACCCGCACCUUCUUAUUCCCAACACAGACCAAGCGGGUUCGGAUCUAUGGGAACUCCAACAUUUGACUCAACUGAAAGCGUGAACCCCGGCCAACAUCACAAUUAUCAAUCUCCAGGAUACCAACAAGAAGAUUCUGUUGCCUUUCAAAGCCAGCAGCUAGCUCGCGGUUUUGGAUUUCAAACCCAACUACAAGCUCAGCAGUAUCACCAAGCUGAGCAACAACUUCAACAGCAUCAGCAAACUCGGCAACGGGAACAUGAGCAGCAGAGACAGAGAGGAGGUAGAGACACUGAACUUUAUCCCCCUCCGAAUGGGGACAUGGGAGACUUUUGA